AUGCAAUUCCUAAGGUAUAAAAGGAGCUCUGACCAAGACCAAAGAUCCACACACUCAUUCACCGUGCUGAGGCUUUUCAUUGUGGCCGCCAUUAUCCUCUGUGGGUGUGCCUCAGAGGACUCACAGGAGGAACACAGGCGUGUCGUUGGAGGCUAUGAGGCCAGGAGGAAUGCGUGGCCGUCACAGUUAGAUGCAACAAUUUCCCUCCAGUACUAUUCAAAUGGCGGCUGGCAUCACAUAUUCGGCGGGACGUUGGUUAAACAAAACUGGGUACUGACAGCAGCUCACUGUGUGGACAGAAACAUGAAUUUUCGUGUGGUUGUUGGUGACCACAACGUUUAUCAGCAGCAAGGCACAGAACAAUAUAUAAGUGUGGGGCAUAUCUUUGUGCAUCCAUAUUGGAACAGCAACAAUGUUGCAGCAGGGUAUGACAUUGCAUAGCUUCGUCUCUCUCAAAGUGCAAGUCUGAACAGUUAUGUGCAGCUCGGUGCUCUACCUCCAGCUGGUCAGAUCCUGCCCAACAAUAAUCCCUGUUACAUCACUGGCUGGGGCAGGACCAAGACUAAUGGGCAGCUAGCAACAGUUCUGCAGGAAGCCUAUCUCCCUGUUGUGGAUUAUGCAACCUGUUCUCGUUCAAACUAUUGGGGCUCCACAGUGAAGACUACCAUGGUGUGUGCUGGAGGUGAUGGGACACGCUCUGGAUGCCAGGGUGAUUCUGGAGGGCCAUUGCACUGCCUGGUGAAUGGGAGAUAUUAUGUCCAUGGAGUCACUAGCUUUGUUUCCAGUUCUGGCUGCAAUGUCUACCAGAAACCCACGGUGUUUACUCGGGUCUCUGCCUAUAUUUCCUGGAUUUAUACCGUAAUUUCCUCAAACUGA